AUGAACGACCCCACGGGGCAGGCCCUCACCGCCCUGUCCUGCGCCUGCCUCUUCAGCCUGGUGGUGUCCUGGGGAGACACGGGCAAGACCCUGCAGGCCGUCUCCGCCAUACUCACCAACAACGGCAGUCACGCCUGCCAGACUAUCCAGGUGAGACGACGCGGUGCAACACAACACUAAACAAGACAACACACUUCCCCACUCAGGGUAGACUUGUUAAAACUGCUCCACACUAAUCAGACUGUCUCAAGGCAGCAGUGUCUGGAGAUCUGAUGGAGAGCAGAAAUUACAUUGGAGAGAAUGUCAAGCGUCUGAUUUCCACCCUCUUAUGUUACCCCGCCCGCAUUCUUCCACUUAUUAAGUUUAUAAUAUUUGAGCGUAUGAGUCCCUUGUUUGUGUGUGUACGUUAUUUUCUGCUUGAGUGAUACUAUUUGUGUGUGUGCGUUUGUCUGUCUGUAACCAUGUUUAACCAACCUUUUUUAAUGCGAGUAAAGUCAUGCCGUAUAAAAAUUAAUCACGACAGGUGGAAUGAAAACAGCACAAUUUCGUAAAUGUCAAGACAAUUUUUUCGUUCGUCAUGUUGGGAUCUUUUUGUAUCGGUAAAAUUAAUAAUGCGACAAUUGUGAUGGAAACGGUUUUAUGCGCAAAUAUUGAUAAAAUAAAUGUCGAUGUCAACAUGCACUCACGCGAUGCUAUGUUGUGUGGUCCUCCAACUGCGACUUGGAAAAGCAUGCACAGUUUUUUUUAGGCUAAAGAUGAAAUAAGUUAUGAUUAACUUCACAGGGUGGUAAAAGUACACGGUGAUGCGUUUGAUGCUACUUUCCCAAAAAUAUGUGAUUUAGUCUUAUUGAUUUGGUCUUUAUGUAGCAACAUUUUUAAUGGUGUUUUUACAUUGGAUAAAAGUUGAGACUCCGAGCUAGAAAAUGGCAUAUCAUACACUGCAGUUUAGGAACAACGAGAAAGUAAUUCUGCUUUCAAAGUUGAUAAACUUGUAACCCCACUUUUGAGAAAAUGGCCCGUGAAAAAGGGCGGCAGGUAGCUUAGUGGGUAAGAGCGUUGUGCCAGUAACUGAAAGGUCGCUGGUUCUAAUCCCCGAGCUGACUAGGUGAAAAAUCUGUCGAUGUGCCCUUAAGCAAGGCACUUAACCCUAAUUGCUCCUGUGAGUCGCUCUGGAUAAGAGCGUCUGCUAAUGACAAAAAAAAAAAAAAAAAAAAAAAAAUUUGUUUGGUACCUACUGGAGAGCUCUUCUUUGUCUACACCCAUUCAGCAUCAUUCCCACCCUCUUAAGCCUUAACCCCACCCAUCUCUUUAAAGAGUCACAUGUGAGACCAUGUGCUAAACAGAGUGGGUAAGGUAGUGUAGUAAACAACCAAAUAUUUCAAGACUAAAAGUGGUGAAAGUAGUAGCAAAAAGUAGUAGUAAAAAAAAAUGUUAUCUAUUCCUUGGCCUAUAUCCUAAUGUGACUUUGGUGCAGGUCAUGUUGUUCACAUUACCGUCUCUGGUAAACACAUACUAUAUCAAAUAAAAUCUAAUUUUAUUUGUCUCAUGCACAGGAUACAGAAGGUGUAAACGGUACAGUGAAAUGGUUACUUGCAUAGUGGAGCCUUUUGUUUAGACAUGUAGCUAGCUAGCUAAACAAUGAACCAUAAUCCCAACUAUAAUGCAGCGUAAAAAAAACUGGGAAAAAUAGUUUUGAACGGUUAUCCAACUCGGAAUUCCAACUCGUGAACUCAGGCCUCUUUCUAGAGUUCCUACACAGAUCAUACACGUAAUGUUAGCUAGCUAACUUGCAAUGAAAAUGACUUUCUGACAAAAUUUGAAAACGUAUACUGCUACCUAACUGUGUUCCGUACAUCAGUGUUCCGUACGCUUGACCUUAUUUUAGCGCCAAAUAAAUUAAAUACUUCCAGGUCAACUGUAAUAUUAACACCAUUGUAAAGGCCAAUUUCUCCCCUUUCCAGCAAAAUCAAUGACGAGACCUCCACGCUCUGCAUGAUUGAAGAAAGCAAUGGAGCUCUGCCGGGUCUUUUUAACAAUGGCGGUGGGGGAUGCGAAGGCUAUUGAGUGAUAGGGAAAGAUAUGUCGUUUGGGGAAACAGCUUUUUUCACCCGAUUUGUCCAACUUAAAACCUCUAAAAUGUCAAUAAAACACUAUAAAGAGUUUAUAUAAUGUCUCAUUACAUACCUAUUUGAAGGUUUGUCUAAUUUUAAUAGAGGUUUUAGGGCGGCGCUAAAGUUGUCUUCACACUUAAACUGCGGCUGUCACAGCUUUUGAGAUGAUGGCUUGCAGUGAUGACACAAAAAAUGUACUCUUGAUUGAAUUAACUGUUGAUGAACUCACGAGUAAUUAACUUGACACUCACCAUUGAUAAUGUCUUGAUAAAUAAAUAAAUACCGUUAAAUAUUUGAUUCACACAAAGUAGUGAACUUUAUUUUGAGAGUGGUUGGACCCUAAUUGCUCCUGUAAGUCGCUCUGGAUAAGAGCAUCUGCUAAAUUACUAAAAUGUAAUGUAAAUGUAAUGUGAUUCUGUUCAAAGAGAUUAAGGAAUAUAAUGUUACUUUAUAUAAUGUUAAUGAAGAAAGCAUGAGAAUGAUUAGGGUUACUAUUAUAACUUCCAAUAGCACGAGAUAAAUACUUUUAUAAACUACUUAAUGUUAGUAAAUUACUGUAUAAAGCAACUAUUAAUAUAAAAAAUAAAUUAAACUAACAGUUGUAACACCAACUCACUCCAUCAUAUACACUGAGUGUACAUGAACACCUGCUCUUUCCAUGAAAUAUGCAAUAACAUUAUGUUGGAUUACAUGGAAAUGAUAUCCACAUUUGUGAGUCCAUUUCCUUGGCACUAUCUUAAUAAAUUAUGUCGCAUGAACACAAAAAAAAAAAACUUGUUUCAUUGUAUUAUGACAGGAAAUGUCUGGAAAGGGAAUGGCCCAACAAGCCCAAGAAACAGCACCACUACACCCCCGAACAGGAAGUGAAGGCAGGGAAGAGCCUGAGGGAGGUGGCUCGUACCUCCUGUCAGUACCUGUUUUUACAGGGAAGCCAAUGGUCCAAAAACAUUCCACGUAGUUCAUACAGUAACUAUUGCAGUUUGGUGACAUGCUGUUUUUUAGGGAGUCCUGUUCAUUUUCUUCACCUGUGCACAAUCAAGAGUAGAAAGGGAGGCACGCAGGAAUGUCGCGUCUCAUUUUGGGUUAGAGCAUGUCAUUUGCAAACGAGUUUAGUAGAUGGCACACGUGAGAUUUUAGGACAUGCGUUAUUGACAUGCACAUGAGAGUUCAGAAUUAUUGAACACAACUCUCGUGAAUAGGUUGGCACAGCAAACGUGAGAGCAAAAAAUCGAAAGCUCUUUGUGAGCAGGUAUGACGGGUUUGCUUGUGUAAAUUUAGAUCAGAGGAUGGCGCAGUGGUAUUCUUUUUAAGAUUCUGCACAAAGUAUUUUAUUCAAUUCAUUAUUUAUUGAUUCAGUGUUUGUGUUAUUGAUGACCACAUUGCUAUUAGAACCCUACUCAUGAAAGAUGUUUAAUAUUAGCCAUAAUAAUAUGAAUACUAAUGCUCAUUGAAACGAAAAUCAUGAAUAAUUAAGUGUAUAUGGUUAAGCAUGUUUUUAAUCUACGAGAGAAGCGCUACCCCUGGUGGAAUGAUGAUGUACGGCAGCGUUGAUGUAACGUACAGCGUUAGAGGGGUCCGUAAAAAAAAAAAAAAAAAAAAAGCUUUUCUCUAAUACUAUUGACUCAUUACCAUGUCAAUCAACGCUUGAACAGAAACAGCUUAUACCCCGGAUUUUAAUGCCAACAUAGUCGCUACAGUCCCAUUAGUUUUCAUUACAGCCUCGUUUGAAUGCCGCGGUUACGCAAAAUGUGUACUGAACACACUGUCAAGUGUUUUAUACAACAGCCUUCUUUCUGUGUUCUCUUUUUGGACUAUCUUCCACCGGGCAUUCCACUGAUUUCAAAACUCUGUAAACUUAUUCCGUGACAACGACACAGUUUCUUCCCCACCAUUGUCAUCAGAAAACUCUACAAUGUCUGGUUCAAUGAGAAUGUUUUUACCUAAAUCAGGGAUUUCCUCAUUCUGAUUUAUUUUCAGAGUCAGCAUGGCAUGAUCAUCCUCCAGAAAGUAGUCCAUCACAUUAACUUCAGGGCAGCAAUGUUGAAAGUUGUAGCAAAACCUUCAUGAUAUCUUUCAAAAAAAGCAGCGGUAGACAGGAUUACCCACACAUACUUAGCAGCUCAUGUUAUAGACAGAAGCAUGCUACAUGGCAGACCAAUCCUCUCUCUUCUCUCGGCAUGUCCAGCCCAUCCAUUAUCUCAGCCAAUCAUGGCUAGCGGGAAGGUUCCUGUAUUUUUCCGUGGCUAAACCAACUAGGCUUGUUAUUUAACAUUUGUAUUUGUUUUUACAGAUGGCAUGCUUGUUUGUUAUUAAGACACAUGAAAGUUAUCAUGUUCCAGAAGGCUUUUCUGCCUCCAAAGUUUUAAUUUUUUUAAAUGUUCAAAUGCCUCUCUUGUGAAGAAGUGACGUGCGACAUACACCUAGUUUCUUGAAACGGGUCACAUAUAGAGGGCCUUCAUUUGUAUGCUGAUGAUCAGUGCUAGGAUGCCAAUUGACAAAUACAAAUUAUCUUGCUCCUAUCCAUAAUCUCAUCAUGCACUGUGUCUGCGAGCUGAUGGCUAGAGUGCACGUGCCAAGACCCGAGGGGGCAGAUUUGCUGUUUAUCGCAGACUUUUUGUGCCAAAACCAUCGACAGAGAUAAAAAUGGGAUGGAAACACACAACUUUAGUUGUUUUAUUCGGUAAAUGAAAAGUUAUACGACUAAAUGCUUUUUAUGUGCACUACGUCACCGUGCACAACCUUUUAUUCACAAUAAGUCAGUAUGAUGGAUGGAAACACCUGUGGUGGGCAAAUGCGCAUAUUCAUUUAAUGCAGAUUUUAGAAUAUUUGCAUGAAAAUCUGUCGCAAAUUGGAUGGAAAACCUAGUUUGUGAGAUGAUUUGUUUCCUCUGUAUCAAAUGGUGUCUUCAUUACGUUAAUGCACAGUUCAGAGAAUCAUGCUCUUCAGGGGUGAAUGGCGAUAUUUCCAUUGGAUAGGCCUAAAACUCCUGAUGAGUGUUUAUACAGUAAAACAAUACUUUCUGUUUGAAAAUCCCGUCAUCAUCAGGCCUCCACAUAUUACUCUAGUUAAUGUGUGCCAUGAUUAACCCCAAAAUGGACUACAUCAAGGCGGAUCCAGGUAUUAACAUUUAUCAGAAACAAUGUUAUCUGAGAAAAUCAUGGAUUCUGAGGUUACUAUUGAUGGUGUUAGAGUAUUCAAGGCUGAUAGAAUGGGCAAAGGUGGUGGUGUUUCUAUCUAUACAAAAAGUCACCUUUGUGUCUCUUUUUUAAAGGCUUCUUCCAGUCUUAAACUAUUUGAAUUUCUAGCUUUAAGUCUUCGACUAGGUUCUAAUUGUAAAGUAACUCUUCUGGGAGUCUACCGCCCUCCCUCCGCUAAGAAAUGUUUGUUAACUAGUCACACUGACUUAAUAGCUUAUUUUUCUACUUCUGAGAUGUUUGUCCCAGGUGACUUGAAUCUGUCCUGGGGAACCCAAGACUCAGACGGUUUAAUGGAUUUUUGGAAUAACCUAAAUCUCACUCAGUUGAUUACCAAGCCCACACGUCUAAAUCAGAGGGAUCCUACGAAAUCAACAUUAAUUGACCUUACGUUUACAAAUACUCCAGAGAAAUUUGUGGUUAGUGGUGUUUUCUCCCAGGAUAUUAGCGAUCACUGUCCUAUUGUUUGUAUUAAAGAUGUUAGGACUCAUUGGGCAAAACCAUGCAUUAUUACAAAGAGACAUUUUAAAAUGUUUAGUGAACAAGCUUUUUUACAUGAUCUCUACCAUUGUGAUCUUAAAGGUAUCUUAGCUAUACCAGAUUCUAAAUAGGCUCUUAACCACUUUAUUACUGUUUUUAAAAACAUUGCAGAUAAGCAUGCCCCGUUUAAAAAAAACGGAGAGCUCAAAGUAGGUUGAACACUUGGUUCACACCUGAUUUUAUGAGUUCAUACGCAAUAGAGAUGCUGCCUGGGCUAUGGCUAGAAGUACUGACUCCGGCCGGGACUGGCAAUCCUUCAGAGAAUUGACAAAUCUAUGUGGGAAACUUGUUCGAAAAGCGAAAUCUGAUUAGGAUACUAACACUAUAGCUGACUGUACUGGAAAUCAAUAUAAAUUCUGGAAAGUCAUUAACCCCCUAAGGUAGAUACCGCUCUCCCGCAUAAAUGUAAUUAACAUAAUACAAAAAUCCCCAUAAAAAUACGUCAGUUUAAGCUAGAGAUAUCGUUGCAUUGGGUGCGGCUCAAUCCACUGCAGCCGCCUAUGUAACACUUCCGCAUCUGCGAUGAAAGGUGACAGAGCUUGAGUGUUGUUUGUCAGACCAUGAAACACCCCCCUACAUUUAUUUUAUGGAGACUGUUAAGUGAAAAAAAAGGGUUUAAAUACAUGUGUCAGCAACGGGUGUGACUGAAAUAGCCAAAUCCACUAAUUUGAAGGGGUGUCCACAUACUUUUGUAUAUAUAGUGUAGGUUCUGAUUUUUUUGGUUCAAUUGAGAGGAAUUUGUCUAAAUUUUUACGUUCAAUAAUAUCACGUUAGGCUAUUUCAUCUGGGGCUAAUUCACCUGAAGAAGAGGAAACUCAAAACACAUUAGCUAGAUCGCAAACUCUAAAUAUAAUACAAUUGUAUUUUGAGAUGUUAUACAAUCAGAAUGCAUUUUUCUCAAAUGAAAGGGUUGCAAAAUGUGUCAACAUUUUUGGCACUCUGGAGCCCUGAUAUCAAACCAGACCUUUCUACCAAAGUCAAAAAAAGCCAAAACAGUCCACUUCAUAGUCUCCCAUCUCUAUUACAGUUCAAUUCCGUUAAAGCUUCUACAUUCUUAAUCUUCAUUCUUCCCUCCCUUUCCUCUUCGUCCCAGGUGCCGACCAUUCUGAACGCGCUACAGAGGAGCGUGCAGGCCGUGCUGGUGGGCAAGAUCCAGAUCCAGGACUGGUUCGGCAACGGCAUCAAGCGGGCGGCGCUGAUGAACAAGUGGGUACUGAAGGAGGUGACGAUCGACGAGGAUGAGCGCUGCCUGCUGCAGACCGACGGCUCCUUCCUCUACCUGCUCUGCAAGGACGGCCUCUACAAAGUGGGCUCCGGCUACAGCGGCACAGUCAGGGUACGUGGGGUUGGGUAUAGGAGGGUUGAUGUGAGAGAGAGAGCGUAUAUGCUACCUGCUCUGCAAGGACGGCCUCUACAAAGUGGGCUCCGGCUACAAAAGUGACACAUCCUUGCUCACUGCAGGCAUAGUCCUCAUAGUUUCUUUGCCAGUUUAUAUAGAAAGGUUUUUAAAGCAUUUUUGUAACGCUAUGCUCUUCUACAGCAACAAUGGUUUUAUGACUCUGUACCUCUGCUUUAAAGAUGACAGGCUUGUCGAAGUGAAAAGUAGAUUACAGCACACACGAAAUAAGACUUUUUUUUUUUUUUAAUUUUUUUUUACAUUUAGCAGACGCUCUUAUCCAGAGCGACUUACAGGAGCAAUUAGGGUUAAGUGCCUUGGGCACAUCGACAGAUUUUCACCUAGUCUGCUCGGGGAUUAGAACCAGCGACCUUUCGGUUACUGGCACAACGCUCUUAACCACUAAGCUACCUGCCGCCCCCCUUCAUCAUACCUAAGUUCUUACAAAGCAUUAUGUAGAUCCUUCCAUUGACUUUUGAUCACACAGUAAUAGGUCAUUGAGUCAGGACUUUUCAAAAACAUAUCUCCGAGCAAAUGCUCCAGUUACUGCCCCAGUUGGUCGAUAAGAGGAGACUCUCCAUAAUAGCACUCUGCUGUUCUAAAGUAGUAGAAUAAAUAAAAUAUUUGACACUAACUUCCCCCAGAUUCCAUAAUCAUUCUCUCAUUUCUGAGGAGAAUGAUUGUUGAUGCCACAUAGUGCUGACACAGAGGACCAUACAUCAUUGAGGGAACAUAUUUGUGUCUAACGUUUGGCUGUGCGUUUGUGGUUGCACUCUAAAAUUGGAUCAGUGUGUGUGUGUGUAUUCCAGGGUCAUGUGUAUAAUUCCACAUCACGCAUCAGGAAUCGGAAGGAGAAGAGAUCAUGGUUGGGUUUCGCUCAGGUAACUUAACCUCCGGAUUCUGUUUUCAUAAUGUGGAAUCAAAAUAAGAUUAACACUAAAAUUAAGACUAUAGGCAACCUGGAAUUCUAUUUCAUCGCGAGUUAUGGUUGUCUUGUACAACGCCGUUUGCUCACUGCAUUGAUUUUGAUCACCCCCCAUUUGACCCAAUAAACAUGGUUGCUGAUCUGUAUGAUUGUGACAAAUGCAGUCCUAAAAGUAGUGUGUGUGUAUGUGUAUAUAUAUAUAUAUAUAUAUAUAUAUAUAUAUAUAUAUAUAUAUAUAUAUAUAUAUAUAUAUAUAUAUAUAUAUAUAUAUAUAUUUUAAAAAAAUAUUGAUUGAUUGUGUGCGUGCAGGGCUGCCUGUUGUACCGGGAUAUGAGUAACAACCACAGUACGUCGGCCAUCAAGAUCAACCCAGAGACUCUGGAGCACGAGGGGACCAUCACCAUGCCAGGUACAUGACAACACACAGUAACACCUCCUUCUCCCCCAUAUUGUGUGUUAUAAUAAACAAUGCAUGGAUUUUUUUUCAUGCACCAGUUUUUUUUUGUUUUUUUGUAAUGACUAUUGUCUUGAACCAGUGAACAAGGCCUCUUUGAAAAUAGAUUUUAUCUUGAGAUUAACUUGGAUACAUUUAAUAAUAAUAUUUAAGGCUCAUAAAACUAAUAGGUGCUUUUAACCCGAUUGACCAGUGAUUGACAAUAUACCCUUUAGCCAGUUAUCAUAUCAUUAAUAUACGCUAAAAUAAGGCUUGUACCUACAAUAUUUCAAUAUUCCUGAUUGAACUAGGAAAGGAUUGAAAGGGAACCAAAUGGACAAAUAGCCACAGGACAAGGAUGGCUACAUAGCUUUAUCGAUUCAAUGUGCAGACAACACUUGAAACACUAUCUGUUUUUUACAGUAUGCAAAAAAAUUGUACCGUAUCAAGGACGGACACUUUAAUUAAUAAAAAAAUAAUAAGGUUGUAUUAACGGAAACGGAGGCCAAUGCACAACGUUUCGGCUGAAUUCCUUUGUCAAGAACAUGACAAAUUCAUCUCCCUCUUCUUUGUAUAUUAUAACUAAUCUCAUCUUGCUCACUCUGUCCUCUCCAUAGGCCUACAGGCAGACGGCCAGAACAUAGUCUUCACCGAUGGAGAGUACAUCAACCAGAUUGCUGCCUGCAAAGAUGUGAGUCUCCUCAUUCUCUAUCACACACACACACACCUACCUACCUGCUCCAGGGGCGCUAAAGUAUUCUUCCAUUCUUUUAUUUUUUUGCUUCUUGAGAGAGAGGAGUUGAUAGGGCCAAUACGUACAAACAACUCCCACUCCUCAAAUGGUUAUUAUACUAUAAUGUAGAGAGCUGCUGGCCCCGACAGAGAUCAUAACGGCGUGGUCAGCAUUUUUCCUGCUGUGGCCUUGAGCAGGCGGUCAGACUACUUCAGGAUGAAAAUAUUUGGUAACACUUUACUUGACACCCAGCUUCAUAGAGUACUAGGUCCAAAAGGCUCCUUAACAGCUUCUACUCCCAAGCUAUAAGACUGCUGAACAAUUAAUCAAAUGGCCGCUAUUUACAUUGACCCCCCCCUACUCGCUGUUGAUUAUCUAUGCAUAGUCACUUUACCCCUACCUACAUGUACAAAUUACAUUGACUAACCUGUACCCCCGCACAUUGACUCGGUACCGGUACCCCCUGUAUAUAGCCUCGUUAUUGUGUUACUUUUUAUUUUAUUUUUUACUUUUGUUUAUUUGGUAAAUAUUUGCAUUGUUGGUUAAGUGCUUGUUAGUAAGCAUUUCAUGGUAAAGUCUACACCUUUUUGUAUUCGGCGCAUGUGACAAAUACAAUUUGAUUUGAUUUCAGGUGCAGGGCAAGACACCCUCUUUUUGACUGAUGACUGACAUAAGGGCAUGUACGUGAUAGGCCUAUCUGGCUUAUAUGAUUAUGAUGGUCAUAAUGCUUCUUGACCGUGUCAUAAAGUGCAUUUUCUUAGUCCCAAGUAAAGUGACACAGGAUGGUCAUAAUGCUUCAUGUGUCUGUACCUUUGUGUGUGUCUCUUAUCUGUCCCCGUUGUUCCAUAAGGUGUAUUUUUACCUUUUAAAAUGUAUUUAUUUAUCUGAUUUUAGUGUUUGCAUCAGUUACCGGUUGUGGAAUAGAGUGCCAUGUAGUCAUUGCUCUAUGUAGUACUGUGUGCCUCCCGUAGUCUGUUCUGGACUUGGGGACUGUCAAGAGACCUCUGGUGGCAUGUCUUGUGGGGUAUGCAUGGGUGUCCGAGCUGUGUGCUAGUAUUUUAAACAGACAGCUCGGUAUAUUCAGCUUGUCAGCACCUCUUACAAAAACAAGUAGUUAUGAAGUCCAUCUCUCUUCAGCUUUGAGCCAUGAGAGAAUUUUAGCUCUCCGUGUACUUUUAAGGGCCAGCCGUGCUGCCCUGUUCUGAGCCAACUACAAUCCCUCUUUGUGGCACCUGACCACACUACUGAACAGUAGUCUAGGUGCGACAAAACUAGGGCCUAUAGGACCUGCAUUGUUGAUAGUGUUGUUAAGAAGGCAGAGCAGCUCUUUAUUAUGGACAGACUUCUCCCCAUCUUAGCUACUGUUGUAUAAAUAUGUUUUGACCAUGACAGUUUACUCCAAGCAAUUUAGUCACUUCAACUUUCACAUUAUUCAUUGCGAGAUGUAGUUGAGGUUUAGGGUUUAGUGAAUGAUUUGUCCCAAAUACAAUGCUUUUAGUUUUGGAAAUAUUUAGGAUUAACUUACUCCUUGCUACCCAUUCCGAAAUGAACUGCAGCUCUUUAAGUGUUGCAGUCAUUUCAGUUCCUGUAAUAACUAAAGUGUAUAGUGUUGAGUCAUCCGCAUACAUAGACACACUGGCUUUAUUCAAAGCCAGUGGCAUGUCAUUAGUAAAGAUUGAAAAAAAGUAAGGGCCUAGACAGCUGCCCUGGGGAAUUUCUGAUUCUACCUGGAUUAUGUUGGAGAGGCUUGCAUUAAAGAACACCCUCUGUGUUCUGUUAGACAUGUAACUCUUUGUCCACAUUAUAGCAGGGGGUGUAAAGCCAUAACACAUACGUUUUUCCAGCAGCAGACUAUGAUCUAUAAAGUCAAAAGCUGCACUGAAGUCUAACAAGACAGCCCCCACAAUCAUUUUAUCAUCAAUUUCUCUCAGCCAAUCAUCAGUCAUUUGUGUAAGUGCUGUGCUUGUUGAGUGUCCUUCCCUAUAAGCAUGCUGAAAGUCUGUCAAUUUGUUUACUGUAAAAUAGCCUUGUAUCUGGUCAAACACCAUUUUUUCCAGAAGUUUACUACAGGUUGGUAACAGGCUGAUUCGUAAGCUAUUUUAGCCAGUAAAAGGGGCUUUAAUAUUCUUGGGUAGCGGAAUGACUUUUGCUUCCCUCCAGGCCUGAGGGCACACACUUUCUAGUAGGCUUAAAUUGAAGAUAUGGCAAAUAGGAGUGGCAAUAUACUAUCCACUAUUAUCCUCAGUAAUUUUCCAUCCAGAUUGUCAGACCGGUGGCUUGUCAUUGUUGAUGGACGACAAUAAUUAUUUCACUUCUUCCACACUGACUUUACGGAAUUCUCGUCUUUCAUAAUUUGGUCAGAUAUACAUGGAUGUGUAUUGUCAGCGUUUGUUGCUGGUAUGUCAUACCUAAGUUUGCUUAUCUUGCCAAUGAAAAAGUCAUUAAGGUAGUUGGCAAUAUCAGUGGGUUUUGUGAUGAGUGAGACAUCUGAUUCUAUGAAUAAUGGAGCCGAGUUUGCCUUUUUCCAAAACAUUUCAGUUAAGGUGAUUCAAAGCUUUUUACUAUCAUUCUUAUAUUAUUUAUUUUUGUUUCAUAGUAUAGUUUAUUUUUAUUUCGUUUAGUCACAUGAUUUCUUAAUUUGCAGUACGUUUGCCAAUCGAUUGAGCUGCCAGACUUAUUUGCCAUACCUUUUUUCCUAAUUUACAUUUACAUCAUUUAGCAGACGCUCAUCCCUCUCAACCAUACACUUUUUUAAUUCCUUGUCAAUCCAAGGGGAUUUAACAGUUUUUACAGUCAUUUUCUUAAUGGUUGCAUGCUUAUUAGUAACUGGAAUAAGGAAUAUCAUAAAUGUGUCAAGUGCAGCGUCCGGUUGCUCCUCAUUACACACCACAGACCAGCAAAUAUUAUUUACAUCAUCAACAUAAGAAUCACUACAAAACUUAUUGUAUGACCUCUUAUACACUAUAUUAGGCCCAGCCUUUGGAACUUUGGUUUUCCUAGAUAUGGCUACUAUAUUGUGAUCAUUACAUCCUAUGGAUUUGGAUACUGCUUUAAAUCAAAUUUCUGCAGCAUUAGUAAAGAUGUGAUCAAUACAUGUUGAUGAUUUAAUUCCUGUGCUAUUUCUAACUACCCUGGUAGGUUGACUGACAACCUGAACCAGGUUGCAGGCACAGGUUACAUGUUUGAAGCUUUUUCUUGAUGAAAGCCAGUCAAUAUUUAAAUCACCUAGAAAAUAUAUAUCUCUGUUGAUAUCACUUACAUUAUCAAGCAUUUCAUAAAUGUUAUCCAGAUACUGACUGUUAGCACUUGGUGGUCUAUAGCAGCUUCCCACAAGAAUGGGCUUUAGGUGAGGCAUAUUACUUCAACAGUAUUUAACAUGAGAUCCUCUCUAAUCUUUACAGGAAUGCGGUUGUGAAUAUAGACCGCAACACUGCCCCCGUUGGCAUUUCUGUCUUUUCGGUAGAUGUUAUAGCCAUGUAUUGCUACAACUUUAUCAUCAAAGGUAUUAUUUAAGUGAGUUUCAGAGAUAGUCAGAAUAUGAAUGUCAUCUGUUACAAGAAAGUUAUUUACUUCAUGAACCUUGUUUCUUAGUCUACAUAUGUUCAUAUGGGUUAUUUUUAGCACUUUUCUGGGUUACUUGAUUGUUUUUAAUGCAUUACUGGGAAGCUUAUCAGAAGUAGACUUGCUCAUGUUAUUUCUAUUGGAACUGGUAGUGCACAGUGAGCUGCACACAGUGGACUUUCUACUAGUGCACACCGCCUUAGUGCUAACAGUGUAACUCCGGUUCAUAGGCACAUGAUUACGGCAUAUAAUAGCUGUAUGAUCAACAGAGGUAUUCAGGGCAGUUAGGGGGACAUAAGUUACUUAGAUUGUGUCUGCCAACGCUCCUGGGAUAAUGUACAUUUGAUGCAGCAUUAUGACAACUCAUUGUCACAAUGGUAGGGAUUAACUGAGCUGGUCUUGGGUCAUUGAGAAGUCAUUGUUUCAACGCAGCCUUGAAAUGCGUGGACAGAGUCCAGGAGCCAAGAUGAUUUGGAUGGUCAUUCCUGUAGAGUAUCUUCUGUUUCCAGAAGGUAUCAAAGUUAUCUACAAAAGUGAUUCCAACAGAGCUACAGUAAUCUUUUAGCCAGAUGUGUAAUGCCAGUAGACUCCUGAAUCUUUCACACCCGUGGCCCAAUGAUGGUACCGGACUUGAAAUUAUUGGCCACUUUUUGGAAUCUUUCAAUGCUAGAAUCAGUUCGUUAAAAUCAAUUUCAGAAUUUCUGAGCUAGCCCUCCUGAUGUCUUUUGACCCCACUUGGACUACUACAGCGUCAGCUCCUGGCAUCUAUCGUAGAAUGGUUGAAGCAGCCCUGUAAUGUCCUGUACUCGUGCUCCUGGGUUGCACAGGGUUUUUGCACUGGGAACCGAGAUGUUUCUCACCAUAGAGCUGCCGAUGAUGACAUCUGGUGAAACAGCCGGGGAGGUCCUGACGUUCUUUCGCCUCGAGUGGUUUAAAAGACACCUCGAGGACCGUAGGUUGGUGUGGCCCGAUGGACCAUAGCCGGCUGUAGUAUAUAUGCUGGAGAACCCCUGGGCUGGAGACAGGGUAGAGGAUGAAGGAGCAUGAAUCUCUGGAAGCAGGUGGGCGAAGCUGUUGGUCAGCAGGAUGGGAUCCUCCAAAGCCAUUUCAGCCAAUUCACCAAAGACCCAUGCCUUGCGCAGGGCUUACAGUGUGUGACGUGCCUCCACUGGGAUGCAGGAUCGAUAACCGUGGCAUCCGCCAGCUCCUCAUAAAGCAUCCUUGCUCCUUUUUUCUCAGAGAGGGGUGGGCAGGAAGGUCAGGGUUGGAUGGGGAGCGCAGGUGAGAUGGGAGGGGAGAGGUGACUUCACUAGGGAGGGGUCUCUGCAGGGCAGCUCUGCCCAGUCAGUCAUAAGAGUGGCAACAUGGUGGCGAGGCAGUGGCACGACGACCAAACUGAGGAGUAGAAAAGGUCUAAGAGUGGGACCUAUCCAGGAUACGCACCAAUGUCUCAAUUUUCUUACUCUGGACGUCCAGCUCAGACAUGUAUUCCUCAAUAAGCUGAAUGUUUUCACAUUGGAAAUAUGGCUGGACAAUAUUAUCUCAGAACUGUGAAAAAUAGGUGCAGCUCCUACAUGGGAUGAAACAUUCACCGUAGGCUCUGAAGGUGGUUGCUGCCAAUCUGGAUAAAGUCAGUUUCCCCUUAUGGCGGAAAGUGGUAGACGACAUUUUGGAACAAUUCUGUUAAAAUCCACGCAAAUAAAAUAGGUUGUAGAGGAAUCAGCUAAAAGUCAAUCAAUCCACACAGUGUGAUAGUCAGUUAGAUUGAAUCACACAGUUUGUAGGAUCACCACAGUCAUAGGCAGCGAGCCAGAACCCAACCACAGACUAGAAACCAGCCAGCAAUAGCACCCACAAUAAACACAACCAAGGCCCAAAACUCGCCAGCAUAACAACCGCAAGGAGAGAGCGGUGACUUACUCAAUGCGAUUGAAUGUUGGGACCCAUCAGCAACGCAAUGGAGGCCGUGUUACCAGUAUUACAGCCAGGAGAGAAGCACCUUGGAGGGGACGUAGUUUCCAGUACAGGUCGGUGGAAAGCCGGGAGGGUGGCAAGCACUACACCGGGACACAGAAGAGUCAAAAAUAGUAAAUCCAAGUGGAGUUCAAGUUAGGUAGUAGUCCAAAAACAUCCAAGGCACAUUGUCAAGUGGAAGGCACAAUGUCAAGUGGAAGGAUGAAAGCAGUAGUAGGCAGGUGUCUGCUCAGAUAAUGCCCCAGUGCAGAGUAGAGUGCCCAGGUAUAUCCAAGUAGGCCUCAAAAGUUUCAGCAGACCUGUUUUGUAUGUCUCCUUAAAAACUCUGUAUGCAAUAUUGCACUAUUGUACAAUGUGUUCACAGCCAGAUGAAACAAAGGUAAAUGGAGACACAAAUCCACCAAAAACGUUUCAGCUACAAACACUGAUCAGACAAAAAAAAGACAUGCUUGCCGCCAUCUUGAAAAGUGUGUGUGUCUCAGAAUGGUAUCAGAUCAACAAGUUGUAGAAACUUCUGAAGGAUGAUCAUAGGAAACAGGAUGCACCUGAGCUCAAUUUAGAGUCAUAGCAAAGGGUCUGAAUACUUACGUAAAUAAGGGGGUCUGUUUAAAAAAACAAAAAAGUUAGCAGAAAUUUCGAAAAACCUGUUUGCUUUGUCAUUAUGGGGUAUUGUGUGUAGAUUGAUAAAAAAAAUUUAAUCGGUUUUAAAAUACGGCUGUAACGUAACAAAAUUUGGAAAAUGUCAAGGGGUCUGAAUACUUUCCGAUUGCACUGUACGUGUCAGCAACCACAGCUAAUGAAGUCACUGAAACCCUUAACAAGGAGUCGCAGUCAGUUUUGGAAUGGGUGGCCAGUAAUAAACUGGUCCUAAACAUCUCUAAAACAUUGUAUUUGGUAAAAAUCAUUCCCUAAGCUCCAGACCUCGGCUGAAUCUGGAAAUGAAUGAUGUGUCUGUUGAACAAGUUGAGGAUACAAAAUUACUUGGUGUUAGCUUAGAUUGUAAACUGCCAUGGUCAAAACAUAUAGUUUAAUUGGUUGUAAAGAUGGGGAGAGGUCUGUCCAUAAUAAAGAGAUGCUCUGCUUUUUUGACACCACACUCCACAAAGCAAGUCCUAUAGGCUCUAGUUUUGUAUUAUCUUGAUUAUUGUCCGGUCGUGGUCAAGUGCUGCAAAGAAAGACCUAGUUAAAGGAAAAAUCCACCCAAAAUCACUAAUUCCUUUAAUUUACAGCCUUAAAUAACACUAAUAUGUGAACAAUAUUUUUUGUGAACAAAUGUUUCAUUUUGGCAUAAUAAUAGGGUUGGUAGCAACAUGGAAAAUCGUUGUGGAAAUGUAGAUGCAGCUCAAGUCGACUACAAAAUUCGCAAUGCGCUCUCUAUGGGCUGGCCAGCUAGCUAGGCAAAUAUACCUACACACAGUAAUACCAAAGACACUAGUAGCUAGUUAACUUUAAAAUCGCUCAAACAAACUGCACUAUCAAUUUAGGAGUCUACAAUCUCACCAUGUUCAACUUUCUGUGCGAUUCUGGGACAAGGAGCGCUCUCCUUCAAGGAGUGAACAGGAGUCUAUUGGGCGCUAGCUCAAAAACCCAACAUUAGCACACAUUUCGUCAACAAGAAGUACAACAUUACAAACCUUUUCCGAGAUGUUAGAUAGUAUGUUAAUUAUCUGUAAUAUCGUAUAGCUUUGGAAUCGUGACAUCAUGUACUUUAGAAGAAAAUAGACAAGUUUCUCGACAUAUACACUGACUUUGAGAAGGGAUUGUGUGACGAUAAGCUUAGCAACCACGUGAUGCAGCAUGACAACGUGAACGCGAUUGGUCGACAGUGUGCUCGGUGGGGCGUUUAUACAUUCCUUUAUUCAUUGGAUUCCGAUCGCCUUUCUAUAAUAUCUCUGGUAACGGCACCAUGCAAUGCACCCUGGACUAAAGAGGCAGACAAAUAGGAAAACUGUACUAGACCCACCUUAAAAUUAAACAUUUCUCGAGGUAGGAGUAUCGCAAAAAUAUGAUCAAUGGCUCAUUCGAGAGAAGACAUCCCCCCCAGAGUUAUCGGCCGGUAUUGAAAUCUGACAUGUAUAACAGACAUUUUUGUGAUCUAAAAGUCAUAUACCUAUUAACUUCCAGUGUAGUGAGAGCGACUUUAUCAAAGUGUUACAUCAUACCGGCCAGAUCUUUGCUUGCUUGAACGGCAAUAACUCAGAUAAAUAUGAAAUUAUCCAGGGAAUCGAUAGAACAUCACUCAGAGAUGCACAAAAACAAUAUAACAUUCAAAAUGGGUGAACCUUUUCUUUAAGCUGCAGCUAGCCCAGAACAGAAUGGCACGUCUUGCUCUUCAUGGGCUAAUAUAAAUAUUUUGCGUGCCAGUCUCUCUUGGCAAAGAGUUGAGGAGAGACUAACGACAUCAUUUCUUUUUAUAAGAAACAUUGUGUUAAAUUCCAAAUUGUUUGCAGAAUCAACUUACACACAGCUCUGACACACACACUUACCCCACCAGACAUGCCACCAGGGGUCUUUUCACAGUCCCCAAAUCCAGAAGCAAUUCAAGAAAGCGUACAGUAUUAUAUAGAGCCAUUAUUGCACGGAACUCCCAUCUCAUAUUGCUCAAAUGAACAGCGAACUUGGUUUAAAAAAAACCCCAGAUAAAACAAUACCUCACGGCACAACACCUCUCCCAUAUUGGACCUAGAUAUUUUUUAUGUAGGCUAUGUGUGCCGUUUUAAAAUGUAUAUAGUUCUGUCCUUUAGCUGUUCUUGUCUAUUAAUGUUCUGUAUUAUGACAUGGAAGAGUAGCUGCUGCUUUUGCAACAGCUAAUUUGGAUCCUAAUAUAAUACCAAAAAUACCAUGUCAUGGCAAAAUGGGUAGAAUUGCAGGAAAUUUGCUGUAAAACUGCAACAGAGAAAUCUGUACAUCAAACUUAUUUGUUUACCUUUUGUUAAUGAAGUAUUUUUUAUUUUAACAGAUCCCUCUGUACGUAUGAAAUUAUAGUUUUUAAUCCCGGUGCUGAGUUAAUGGGUAGCGGCUAAUUGCAUACUGUAGCUAAUAGGCUAUGUGUUUGCAGAUGAACUGAGGUUACAUUUACAUUUACAUUUACGUCAUUUAGCAGACGCUCUUAUCCAGAGCGACUUACAAAUUGGUGCAUUCACCCUAUAGCCAGUGGGUUAACCACUUUACAAUAUAUAUAUAUUUUUAAUAAAGUUACAUGCAACCAAUGUGAUAAUGAAUGGGGUCAUCUUUGUUUGUUUUUGCCGUGCUCCAAAUAGCAAUUUAGUGUUUUGAAAUUGUAUAGAAAUGCAGUAAAUGACCUUAAACUUUGUUAAAAUAGGCACAAAAAGUCAGACCCUGCGGUAUGGAGAAAGCAGUCCCACGCAGAACUCUACUAUAGAGUGAGUGAGAGAGAAUGAGUGAGUGAGAAUGAGAGAGACCCUAGUUACCUCAGUCCCAGGCAUCACUCUGUCCCCUCUUACAGCUCCGUCACAGAGAGAAGGGGUGUGUUUUUGUAUUUUUCUGUGUGUGUAUAAGGACAAACGCCUAGUAAACCAGCAUGUCACCAUACUCUCCAGGGUUAAUCCUCCCAGGCAGAUGUAGGUCUAUACAUUCAUGAGUAGUAAGCAGAGAUACAGGGGUGGGGGAGGACCUUACAUUUAUUUCAACUAUGAAGCCUUAUGCAUGGGUAUGUGAUCAGUCCCUGGAUAAAAGAGGGCGGGGGUGGGGUUGAACGUGUGAUAGAGAGAUGCUGCUGAUGAGAGGAGCAUAUCUACCUUCCGCAGAGGAGGGAGAUAGGCAGUAAAGGGAGGGGCAAGGGCAAUCCGAGGGGAGGAGGAGAAGGAGGGGCUAGGCAGUGGAUAUCUUACAGAAAUGGGAUGGGAUGACGGGAAGAAGAGCAUGUGCUCAGCUCAGCAGGAAUCAAAGCACAGUGGAGAACCGUGUCAUCACACCAGCAUGGCCCCAGUCCAGCUUCUGUCUAUCAUGGCCCAGCCCCCCUAAUACGUUACCUUACAGAAUCUCAUCACUGUCACCGACUCGCUCUCUCCUUCAUUCUUUUCACGAGCAUGCAGAGAAUGGGGUUCUAAACAUUUUAAUAAAAUACAUUUCAGGUAGGCUACUAGCAACGUCUCAUAUAUUUAACACUACAUGACCAAAAGUAUGUGGACACCUGUUCGUCCAACACACCGAUCUCGACAAACCGUUUCUGUAUGGACCUCGCUUUGUGCACGGGGGCAUUGUCAUGCUGAAACAGGAAAGGCACUUCCCCCAACUGUUGCCACAAAGUUGGAAGCACAUAAUCUUCCCUUCACUGGAACUAAGGAGCCUAGCCCGGACCAUGAAAAACAGCCCCAGACCAUUAAUCCUCCUCUGCCAAACUUUACAGUUGGCACUAUGCAUCGAGGCAGGUAGUGUUCUCCUGGCAUCCGCCAAACCUAGAUUCGUCCGUCGGACUGCCAGAUGGUGAAGCGUGAUUCCACUGUUCCAGAGUCCAAUGUUGGCGAGCUUUACUCCACUAGCCGAUGCUUAGCAUUGCGCAUGGUGAUCUUAGGCUUGUGUGCGGCUGCUCAGCCGUGGAAACCCAUUUCAUGAAGCUCCCGACAAACAGUUCUUAUGCUGAUGUUGCUUCCAGAGGCAGUUUGGAACUCGGUAGUGAGUGUUGCAACCCAGGACAGACUAUUUUUACGCACUAUGUGCUUCAGCACUCGCCGGUCCCGUUCUGUGAGCUUGUGUGGCCUACCACUUUGCGGCUGAGCUGUUGUUGCUCCUAGACAUUUCCACUUCAUAAUUACAGCACUUACAGUUGACCGGGGCAGCUCUAGAAGGGCAGAAAUUUGACUAACUGACUUGUAGGAAAGGUGGCAUCCUAUGACGGUGCCAUGUCCACAUACCUUUGUAUAUACAGUGGGGGAAAAAAGUAUUUAGUCAGCCACCAAUUGUGCAAGUUCUCCCACUUAAAAAGAUGAGAGAGGCCUGUAAUUUUCAUCAUAGGUUCACGUCAACUAUGACAGACAAAUUGAGGGGAAAAAAUCCAGAAAACCACAUUGUAGGAUUUUUAAUGAAUUUAUUUGCAAAUUAUGGUGGAAAAUAAGUAUUUGGUCACCUACAAACAAGCAAGAUUUCUGGCUCUCACAGACCUGUAACUUCUUCUUUAAGAGGCUCCUCUGUCCUCCACUCGUUACCUGUAUUAAUGGCACCUGUUUGAACUUGUUAUCAGUAUAAAAGACACCUGUCCACAACCUCAAACAGUCACACUCCAAACUCCACUAUGGCCAAGACCAAAGAGCUGUCAAAGGACACCAGAAACAAAAUUGUAGACCUGCACCAGGCUGGGAAGACUGAAUCUGCAAUAGGUAAGCAGCUUGGUUUGAAGAAAUCAACUGUGGGAGCAAUUAUUAGGAAAUGGAAGACAUACAAGACCACUGAUAAUCUCCCUUGAUCUGGGGCUCCACGCAAGAUCUCACCCCGUGGGGUCAAAAUGAUCACAAGAACGGUGAGCAAAAAUCCCAGAACCACACGGGGGGACCUAGUGAAUGACCUGCAGAGAGCUGGGACCAAAGUAACAAAGCCUACCAUCAGUAACACACUACGCCGCCAGGGACUCAAAUCCUGCAGUGCCAGACGUGUCCCCCUGCUUAAGCCAGUACAUGUCCAGGCCCGUCUGAAGUUUGCUAGAGUGCAUUUGGAUGAUCCAGAAGAGGAUUGGGAGAAUGUCAUAUGGUCAGAUGAAACCAAAAUAUAACUUUUUGGUAAAAACUCAACUCGUCGUGUUUGGAGGGCAAAGAAUGCUGAGUUGUAUCCAAAGAACACCAUACCUACUGUGAAGCAUGGGGGUGGAAACAUCAUGCUUUGGGGCUGUUUUUCUGCAAAGGGACCAGGACCACUGAUCCGUGUAAAGGAAAGAGUGAAUGGGGCCAUGUAUCGUGAGAUUUUGAGUGAAAACCUCCUUCCAUCAGCAAGUGCAUUGAAGAUGAAACGUGGCUGGGUCUUUCAGCAUGACAAUGAUCCCAAACACACCCCCCCAGGGAAACGAAGGAGUGGCUUCGUAAGAAGCAUUUCAAGGUCCUGGAGUGGCCUAGCCAGUCUCCAGAUCUCAACCCCAUAGAAAAUCUUUGGAGGGAGUUGAAAGUCUGUUGCCCAGCGACAGCCCCAAAACAUCACUGCUCUAGAGGAGAUCUGCAUGGAGGAAUGGGCCAAAAUACCAGCAACAGUGUGUGUAAACCUUGUGAAGACUUACAGAAAAUGUUUGACCUGUGUCAUUGCCAACAAAGGGUAUAUAACAAAGUAUUGAGAAACUUUUGAUAUUGACCAAAUACUUAUUUUCCACCUUAAUUUGCAAAUAAAUUCAUUAAAAGUCCUACAAUGUGAUUUUUCUGGAUUUUUUCUCCUCAUUUUUUCUGUCAUAGUUGACGUGUACCUAUGAUGAAAAUUACAGGCCUCUCUCAUCUUUUUAAGUGGGAGAACUUGCACAAUUGGUGGCUGACUAAAAACUUUUUUCCCCCACUGUAUAGUGUAUCUAAUCAAAACAGUAAAAUUCUGUAAGCAGAAAAAUAAAACUAAUAGGCAUGUUCAACUAUUUUAAAUAAAUUAUGACGUUCAACGAUGGAGAGAGUCUAUCAGAGCAGAGAGUGGAAAUAGAAUCUAAGGCGCACACUUUUUUUCUCUCACCACAGCAAUGCGUUGCACUCAAAACAUGAAAUGUUGCGAAAACCUAAGCCCGGACACAGCCCAACCCAAAUCUCACAUUACAUUUUUUUUUGGAGGGGGUGGGGGAGCAAGACAAUUAAUGAGGAGUGUUUCCAGAUUUCUAUGAACUAUUGACUAUACUUAACAAAAAUAUGUAAAGUGUUGAUCCCAUGUUUCAUGUGCUGAAAUAAAAGAUCCCAGAAAUUUUACAUUUGCACAAAAAGCUUAUUUCUAUCAAAUUUUGUGCACAAAUUUGUUUUCAUCCUUGUGAGCAUUUCUCCUUUGCCAAGAUAAUCCAUCCACCUGACAGGUGUGGCAUAUCAAGAAGCUGAUACCACAGAUGUCUCCCACUUUGAGGGAGCCUGCAGUUGGCAUGCUGACUGCAGCAAUGUCCACCAGAGCUGUUGCCAGAGAAUUGAAUGUUAAUUUCUCGACCAUAAGUUGUUUUAGAGAAUUUGUCAGUACGUCCAACCGGCCUCACAAUCGCAGUCCACAUGUAAUCACUCCAGCCAGGAAGUACCUCCACAUCCGGCUUCUUCACCUGGUGGGAUCGUCUGAGACCAGCCACCCGGACAGCUGAUGAAACUGUGGGUUUGCACUACCGAAUGUGCAGAAAUUAAACGUUCAGAAACCGUCUCAGGGAAGCUCAUUUGUGUGCUCGUCGUCCUAACCAGGGACUUCACCUGACUACAGUUUGGCGUCAUAACCAACCCUGUGUCCCAAGGAUCUGUACACAAUUCCUGGAAGCUAAAAAUGUCCCAGUUCUUCCAUGGCCUGCGUACUCACUAGAUAUGCCACCCAUUUAGCAUGUUUGGGAUGCUCUGGAUCGACGUGUACGACAGCUUGUUCCAGCCAAUAUCCAGCAACUUUGCACAGCCAUUGAAGAGGAGUGGGACAACAUUCCACAGGCCACAAUCAAAAGCCUGAUCAACUCUAUGCGAAGGAGAUGUCGUGCUGCAUGAGGCAAAUGGUGGUUACACCAGAUACUGACUGGUUUUCUGAUCCACGCCCCUACCUUCUUUUUUAAGGCAUCGGUGACCAACAGAUGCAUAUCUGUAUUCCCAGUCAUGUGAACUCCAUAGAUUAGGGCCUAUUGAAUUUAUUUCAAUUGACUGAUUUCCUUAUAUGAACUGUAACUCAGUAAAAUCUUUGAAAUUGUUGCGUUUGUUUUUGUUCAGUGUAAUUACAAAAUGAGUGAAAUAGUUUUACUUCCACAAAAUGCUAAUUAAGUAUGUUAAAAGCAGCUUUUAUGUGUUGGAAUGGUGUGGGUGUACCCCAACAACAGAAUGGUGUCAGCGUAUACCUGUCAUAAAACAAUAUGAAUGUGAGUAGACCGCUGAUUGGCCAGCUCAUCCUCCUCAGGAGGAUAACAUUAUCCUCUGAGGAAAUAGCAAGCAUUUUUGCAAUGGUCUGUUUGAGGUAGAAGUUUGAGGUGGGUUUUUUUAAGUGGGUUUUUCUCCAAUUAAUGCUUUGGCCAUAAAUAUGAGUAUAUGAUGCGUCAACAACAUUAUUUGUGUAUGAGUUAACAGAAUAUUAACUUUUAAAAGUUAGAUUUUCACUGGACAAUUAAUUUUAACUUGGAUUGCUUUUAUUAGAAUUUCUUACUUUUCAAACAGUGGAAAUUAUGAGAGAGAGAGAGAUAGAGGGCCUGAUGCUAUAUCUAGCAUAUAGUGCUGAAAACGGCCUUUCCAAGCAUUAUAUCCAAAGUUCUUUGCAUGUCAGGGAUGCCUGACUUUGCAUGUUUGUGUUUGUAUUUGUAUUUAUUAUGGAUCCCCAUUAGCUGCUGCCAAGGUAGCAGCUACUCUUCCUGGGGUCCAGCAAAAUUAAGGCAGUUUAUACUAUUUUAAAAACAUUACAAUACAUUCACAGAUUUCACUACACACUGUGUGCCAUCAGGCCCCUACUCCACCACUACCACAUAUCUAGUUAUCGUGUGUAUGCAUGUGUCUGUGCCUGUUUGUUGCUUCACAGUCCCCACUGUUCCAUAAGGUGUAUUUUUAUCUGUUUUUUUUAAUCAAAUUUUACUGCUUGCAUCAGUUACUUGAUGUGUAAUAGAGUUCCAUGUAGUCAUGGCUCUAUGUAGUACUGUGCGCCUCCCAUAGUCUGUUCUGAACUUUAGGACUGUGAAGAGACCUCUUGUGGCAUGUCUUGUGGGGUAUGCAUGGGUUUCCGAGCUGUGCGCUAGUUCAGACAGACAGCGUUCAACAUGUCAAUACCUCUCAUAAAUACAAGUAGUGAUCAAGUCAAUCUCUCCUCCACUUUUAGCCAGGAGAGAUUGACAUGCAUAUUAUUAAAAUUAGCGCUGUGUGUACAUCCAAGGGCCAGCUGUGCUGCCCUGUCUGAGCCAAUUGCAAUUUUCCUAAAUCCCUUUUUGUGGCACUUGACCACACGACUGAACAGUAGUCCAGGUGCGACAAAACUAGGGCCUGUAGGACCUGCCUUGUUGAUAGUGCUGUUAAGAAGAUAGAGCUGCACUUUAUUAAGGACAGACUUCACCCCAUCUUAGCUACUUGUUGUAUCAAUAUGUUUUGACCAUGACAGUUUUACUCCAAGCAGUUUAGUCACCUCAACUUUUUUAGAUUUAGUUGAGGUUUAGGGUUUAGUGAAUGAUUUGUCCCAAAUACAAUGCUUUUAGUUUUAGAAAUAUUUUGGACUAACUCAUUCCUUGCCACCCACUCUGAAACGAACUGCAGCUCUUUGUUAAGUGUUGGAGUCAUUUCAGUCGCUGUAGUAGCUGACAGGUACAGUGAGGGGAAAAAAGUAUUUGAUCCCCUGCUGAUUUUGUAUGUUUGCCCACUGACAAAGACAUGAUCAGUCUAUAAUUUUAAUGGUAGGUUUAUUUGAACAGUGAGAGACAGAAUAACAACAAAGCAAUCCAGAAAGACUAAUGUCAAAAAUGUUAUGAAUUGAUUUGCAUUUUAAUGAGUGAAAUAAGUAUUUGACCCCUCUGCAAAACAUGACUUAGUACUUGGUGGCAAAACCCUUGUUGGCAAUCACAGAGGUCAGACGUUUCUUGUAGUUGGCCACCAGGUUUGCACACAUCUCAGGAGGGAUUUUGUCCCACUCCUCUUUGCAGAUCUUUUCCAAGUCAUUAAGGUUUCGAGGCUGACGUUUGGCAACUCGAACCUUCAGCUCCCUCCACAGAUUUUCUAUGGGAUUAAGGUCUGGAGACUGGCUAGGCCACUCCAGGACCUUAAUGUGCUUCUUCUUGAGCCACUCCUUUGUUGCCUUGGCCAUGUGUUUUGGGUCAUUGUCAUGCUGGAAUACCCAUCCACGACCCAUUUUCAAUGCCCUGGCUGAGGGAAGGAGGUUCUCACCCAAGAUUUGACGUACAUGGCCCCGUCCAUUGUCCCUUUGAUGCAGUGAAGUUGUCCUGUCCCCUUAGCAGAAAAACACCCCCAAAGCAUAAUGUUUCCACCUCCAUGUUUGACGGUGGGGAUGGUGUUCUUUGGGUCAUAGGCAGCUUUCCUCCUCCUCCAAACACGGCGAGUUGAGUUGAUGCCAAAGAGCUCCAUUUUGGUCUCAUCUGACCACAACACUUUCACCCAGUUCUCCUCUGAAUCAUUCAGAUGUUCAUUGGAAAACUUCAGACGGGCCUGUAUAUGUGCUUUCUUGAGCAGGGGGACCUUGCGGGCGCUGCAGGAUUUCAGUCCUUCACGGCGUAGUGUGUUACCAAUUGUUUUCUUGGUGACUAUGGUCCCAGCUGCCUUGAGAUCAUUGACAAGAUCCUCCCGUGUAGUUCUGGGCUGAUUCCUCACCGUUCUCAUGAUCAUUGCAACUCCAUGAGGUGAGAUCUUGCAUGGAGCCCCAGGCCGAGGGAGAUUGACAGUUAUUUUGUGUUUCUUCCAUUUGCGAAUAAUCACACCAACUGUUGUCACCUUCUCACCAAGCUGCUUGGCAAUGGUCUUGUAGCCCAUUCCAGCCUUGUGUAGGUCUACAAUCUUGUCCCUGACAUCCUUGGAGAGCUCUUUGGUCUUGGCCAUGGAGCAGAGUUUGGAAUCUGAUUGAUUGAUUGCUUCUGUGGACAGGUGUCUUUUUAUACAGGUAACAAGCUGAGUUUAGGAGCACUCCCUUUAAGAGUGUGCUCCUAAUCUCAUCUCGUUACCUUUAUAAAAGACACCUGGAAGCCAGAAAUCUUUCUGAUUGAGAGGGGGUCAAAUACUUAUUUCCCUCAUUAAAAUGCAAAUCAAUUCAUAACAUUUUUGAAAUGCGUUUUUCUGGAUUUUUUUGUUGUUAUUCUGUCUCUCACUGUUCAAAUAAACCUACCAUUAAAAUUAUAGACUGAUCAUUUCUUUGUCAGUGGGCAAAUGUACAAAAUCAGCAGGGGAUCAAAUACUUUUUUCCCCUCACUGUAUAGUGUUGAGUCAUCCGCAUACAUAGAAACACUGGCUUUACUCAAAGCCAGUGGCAUGUCAUUAGUAAAGAUUGAAAAAAGUAAGGGGCCUAGACAGCUGCCCUGGGGAAUUCCUGAUUCUACCUGGAUUAUGUUUUAGAGGCUUCCAUUAAAGAACACCCUCUGUGUUCUGUUAGACAGGUAACUCUUUAUCCACAGGAUAGCAGGGGGUGUAAAGCCAUAACACAUACGUUUUUCCAGCAGCAGACUAUGAUCGAUAAUCUCGAAAGCUACACUGAAGUCUAACAAAACAGCCCCCACAAUCUUUUUAUCAUCAAUGUCUCUCAGCCAAUCAUCAGUCAUUUGUGUAAGUGCUGUGCUUGUUGAAUGUCCUUCCCUAUAAGCAUGCUGAAAGUUUGUUGUACAUUUGUUCAAUGUAAAAUAGCAUUGUAUCUGGUCAAACACAAUUAUUUCCAAAAGUUUACUAAGUGUUGGUAACAGGCUGAUUGGUUGGCUAUUUGAGCCAGUAAAGGGGGAUCUACUAUUCUUAGGUAGCGGAAUGACUUUUGCUUCCCUCCAAGCUUGGGGGCACACACUUUCUAGUAGGCUUAAAUUGAAAAUAUGGCAAAUAGGAGUGGCAAUAUCGUCCGCUAUUAUCCUCAGUAAUUUUCCAUCCAAAUGUGUUACUCAGGACUUGGAUUGCAAAAUUCUGUGGAUGUCCUAAAGCUCCCAAAUAUUUCAGAAAUUAUGGUUGUACGGAUUCUGGAUUUCCUGCUUAUUCUCUCCUUAUUCCAGUUAUCUUCCAACUAGGAUUUCUGGAAAACCUGGACAUUUUGAGAAUAAGUUACAGAAAUAUUCCUACCCCACUCAUGAGUCCAAGCUUUUUUAUGACCACAAACAUUUGUGUCCUUCAUACUUGCUAUAUUUCAAAGUGGAACUAAAUAAGCCGUUGCCAUGUUUCCCUCAGGAUGGGUUUGUGGUGAGGAUAUACGCGACCAGCAAUGACCCGGCACUGCAGCAGGAGCUCCAGCUGAAACUGGCCAGGAAGUGUCUCCACGCCUGCGGCAUCUCUCUGUUUGACCUGGAGAAAGACCUACACAUCAUCAGUGAGUGCUACUGACUGUGCUCCGCUGUGAAAUUUCCCCCUAGGACUAGCUUCCCCAAUCCUAACCUUAACCAUUAGUGGGGAAAAUGGAAAACUGACCCAAGAUCACCAUCUCGCUCUGUCAGAUAUUGGCAUAUGAGGCGUCAUCAUAUGUGCGUGUUUAAGAGACAAACCAUGUUUUGAUACCUUUCUAUUCAUUCCAUUCCAGUGAUUGCAAUGAGCCUGUCUCCAUAUGUGUGUCUGUUUGUGUAUCUAUAAUGUCUUUGUUUAUGUGUGAAUUUGUGCGUCUGUGUUUCUCUGCAGAAGUCCAUAUAUCAAAAUGUGUCUGUGUGUUUUCCAGGUACAGGGUUUGACGAGGAGGCAGCAUUGCUGGGAGCAGGCAGGGAAUUUGCUUUGAUGAAAACGGCCUCAGGAAAG